CUUGUAAAACUCUGUCAAUUGUUCGAAGUCCAGCGACUAAAAGUGGAGGAUCGGUAGGUCUUUUUUAACCCUAUCGACGCGUGAACACUGUGUGGAGGAAUCCUUUCAGAUCGACGAAGGAACGAGCCAUUUUUUCCGGCGAGAGUCGUCCGUCGGCGACGGAUCGGGACCUCCAAUCUUUCUGUUUCGUUUCCCUUAGCGCGGACCAGCGGGUCUAAGAACAAUGGCGAGGACCGAACCCAAAGGACGCCAAUAUAUCAUUUUGAUUGAAUCUUCAAACACUUUCCUAACAUUUUGUCACUGCUACGUGUUUGGAAUUCGCAAAAUUUGACUUCUUGGAUUUCAAAUUACAAUGGAGUGUAUGGAUUUCUAGUUGAGCUUUGUUGGGAAUUUGGCUUAAAUUCUAAUAUUUUGGAUAACCAAAGAUGUAGUUUGGGUCAAAUUUGAAACUGAAAUCCGAAUUAGAAUUCACUCACCAGCCUUUUUUCAAUUCUUCUAACAAUUUUCAUUGCAUUAACAAAUCUACAAUUUUUUUUGUCAGUUUUUUUUUGAGUUGUGACAUGAGUUUGAGGAUUAUCUUUGAGUCAAUAGUAAUAACAUUCUCUUUGCUUUUAUGAAAUAAUGAAACUUAAUUUAAAAUAUUAACCCAAUAAUAAAUGUGAGGUCAGUACGAAGUACAUUGAAUAGUGUAAAAAAGUUUCCAUGUUCAAGCCUAUCUAACCACUCGUGUUUUUUUAGAGUCAUCUAACCCUAAGUUUCGGUACUAUGUAUAUACAGUGAUGUCCCAUCGUUUCAAUAGUGUUUUAUCAAUCAUCCUUUCUGUGGUGGUGCAAAAAGCUCCCUUAAUCCCAAUCCCAAUUGCUUCCUCUUCUUCUUCUUCUUCUUAUUUUUUAAAAUUAUUUACCUUUUUAUAAUAAAUUGAUGCCUCGCCCUUUUUGUUCUUUCCAAAACCGAUGGAGUUCAAACUAAUAGCAGAAGACGAUGUGUAUUUGGAUAUCGGUGCACAAUAUAUAUCAACAAAUGAUACCAUCAUGCGGCACAAGCCUAAGGUUGCAAGAAAUUUCNUUUCAAUAGUGUUUUAUCAAUCAUCCUUUCUGUGGUGGUGCAAAAAGCUCCCUUAAUCCCAAUCCCAAUUGCUUCCUCUUCUUCUUCUUCUUCUUAUUUUUUAAAAUUAUUUACCUUUUUAUAAUAAAUUGAUGCCUCGCCCUUUUUGUUCUUUCCAAAACCGAUGGAGUUCAAACUAAUAGCAGAAGACGAUGUGUAUUUGGAUAUCGGUGCACAAUAUAUAUCAACAAAUGAUACCAUCAUGCGGCACAAGCCUAAGGUUGCAAGAAAUUUCGUUGAUGCGAAACUAUGGAAACAUGCCGCGUUUUUUAAAAAACAUGAGUUUGAUGUCGAUAAAAAGGUCAGGGACUUCUUGAACUUGAGGAAUAACCCGGAUCUUGUUCUAAGAGUGAUGAAUAACACCAUGGAGGUGUUCGUCACCUUCCCUAUAUAUGGUGCUGCCUCAUACAUGAGUAUGUGACAUACACUGCCAUGGGGACGGUGACGGAUUGACAAACACCACUGUGCUGCCUCAUACAUUGUGACGGACACCACCAUGGUGGCCUUCCUCAUCCUUAUAACAAGAUUCAUCUUAUUCCUCGAGUUCGGGUAGUCCUUGACCUUUUUAUCAUCAUCAAGCUCGUGUACAUUUAAAAACAGUGUCUGUACCCACUGUUUUGCAUUAAUUGCAACCUUUGUCUUGAGCCGCAUGAUGGUAUCGUUUGGUCGGAUACCUUGUCCAUCGGUAUCCAAAUUCACUUCGUCUUUCGCUAUUAGUCUGAAUCCCACUGGUUUUGAAAAACAAAAAGGGUAAAUAUCAAUUUAUUAUAAAAAUGUAAAUAAUCCUAAAAAAUAGGAAAGAUAGGCCACCAUGGGAUAGGAAAUGAGGGAGCUUUUUGCGCCGCCACAGAAGGUAUGACUGAUAAAACACUUGAAAUGAUGGGACAUCACUUUAUAUAUAUACCAUCGAGAUCAAGGAUUUGGUAGCCUUAAAAAAUACAAGUAGUUAGG